AUAGUACAAAUGCGGCUAUUAGUUUAUCGUAAAGCGUGCAUUUAUUUCAAUUUAAAAACUGUCCAACUAUAAAAGACUUCUAGCUGUUUCAUUCGUAAAGUAAAAGUUUUACUAUAUCGUUAAGUAUAUACAUGUUGAAACUUCUGCUGCAUAUACAAAGCAAUUGUAUAUCACUUUCGAUUGGUGGAAGUUAGUUAGUCUGUUAACGAUCAUAAUGAUUAUCGAUGUGCGUUAUUAUUGCGAUUACUUAGAGAUUACUACAAAAUUUACGGUACUGAUUAUUAUAUAAUAUAAUAUAUAUAUAUAUAUUAUAUAUAUAUAACUAUAUAUAUAUAUAUAAUAUAUUAUAUAAUGAUAUAUAUAAUAUAUACAUAUACCUAUGUGUAUGUAGAUUGUAGUCUAAACAAAAUGUUCUGCUUAUAAAGGCCUACAUUUCGAUCCAAUUUUGUUUCUUUUUUUAUACUUAUACCGUACCACGUUAAUUAAAGAUAAAAUUUUAACAAACAAGUUGUCAGUUGAAAUUCACGAACAAGUUAACUCUUUGUAUAGUAUGUAUUACUACGAUAAUCGUUCAUGGGUUAUCGUUCAGCAUGGGUCAAGAUACAGAGUUGUCCAUAUAAUGAAAUCCAGCUGUCAUCUUAAUUAAAAUAUCGACCUUGUCACAUUGCCUUUAAAUCUCGAUCCCGAGAAUCCUGAGAUCUUGAGAAUUUUGAAAAAUACCUAAAUCAACAAAGAAAGUCGGUCUGGCAUAUAGCGAUGGUUCAGUUACAUCGUGUAUGCUAUUGUCAUUGAAAGAAAAAUGAUAUCGAGUUAUAUUGCAAAUAUACUGAAAAUAAUGAUUCUUUGGAAAGUAAAUACUAUAAUAAGGAUUUGAAUGUAGGCAAGUAUGUAUUGGACAAGAGAAAGGUUUCAAUAUCGCUAGAAAAAAGGCAUUACAAUAAAUUGCUGCCUUGAAGGUAUUAACAGAAUUUUAAUUAAUCUACAAAUAUAUCUCCGAAAUUAUGCGCCGAAAUAUUUGCAAGUAAUUAUAAUGCCACUCGUUAUAAUUAAUCUUUACAGUGAUAUAAAGUCCAUCUCUUCUGCUAUGCCAACUUUUCAAUUUAAUCGUAGACAAUUUUAUUACUUGAAAGGUCAUAAUAGAAGAUCUCAGAGAUGUUUUCCUGUCUUCGUUUGUGUGGCCGGCUAUUGCAUGUGGACCACUUUACGAAGGUAUAAACACCCUUUAGGCACAACAAUCGCUCGGCCAUGCAUUAGCAAAGCUGUGACAAGAAUUGCAAAAUCUGAAAAUGCAUUUAUAAUUGUUCAUGAUGCGACAGGAAAAGCUACUACAACCUCUAUCCCGACAUCCAGUUACGAAUCGGGUAUUUUAGAAAACUCUGAUACAUUAGCCCCAAAACAAAUAUAUAAAAUAAGCGAUGAUCCAUUAAAUUGUUCGACGGAACCAGAAGAAAUUGAAGUUAAUUCUGACCAGGAGUAUCAUCCAUCGUAUGUCAGAAAAUUAAAGAAUAACGAGCAUUGAUACGCCUCCUACACUUUCCUGUUCGUCAUCCGGACACGUUCUUCCACAUGAAGACCAGUUGCGAUCGUUUAGAAAAAACGCUCAAGAAAUCAGGUCUAAACGCGUGUGUAAUAAUAAAUUAUUUGUAUACGCUGUAUUGUCGCUAACUACGAUCAUCUUUCGGCGAGGUACAUAGCAAUUUAAACGCUAGUCAUCAACUCUUUUUGUCUCAUCGGUCGUGCCCUUCGAGAAAUUUUUCUCUAAAAAUUUGUCUUUAAAAUGGCACGACCGAUUUUUAAAAUAAACACUCCUUUUCUAACGACGACGCUAAACUCCAUCAGGUUGUUCGAAAGCUGAAUUUGACGAUACCAUGAUAAAUCGUGUUAAAAGGAACGCCGAAUAAAUAAAAUUAAACGCUACGCAUUGGUGAUCUAUCAUCGAUAUCGUGUACGCCUUGAUAUAAAGCGAAAGCAACGAUUACUUGAGCGCAAAACGAGCUCAUUCUGUUGAUGAUGUUGUAACGUUCGUGUAUCAAAGUAUGUACCAAAUCGCGUAUACGUCCUUCUCUGAAUAUCAUAAAAGAUCUUCGCAUUGUUUGCAGUUGCAAAAUAUUUGUUCUAGUAUCACGUAAAAAGGAACAUGUAUUUGUGAACAAUAAACUCUUCCGAAUUAAGAUAAAAAUAAAAUCGACCAUGUUUUACCACAAACAGCUUAUGCGAAGGUAGCGUUUCUUUAACUCCAAAUAAAACUCAUUUGUCACGCUACAAUAAAGAGAAAAACAUUGCAGGUUUGAAAAGGCUCUUAAAAAAAUAAAAUUCCUUUUAAUGAAAUAAUUUAAUAAUAAUAUUAAUAAUAAUAAUAAUUAAUAUUAAUGACGAUGAUGAUGAUUAUUAAUAAUAAUAAUAAUAAUAAUAAUAAUAAUAAUAAUAAUAAUAUAUCUCACAUAAUAACUAUUGUUAUUACGUAUUAUUUGUGUACUACUGUCGCCAUUAUUAUCGUAACUUCUACAAAUUGAAAUACUUCUUUAAAAAUCUUUGUAAUAGUAGUAGAAUAAUAGCAGUUCGCAAUAAAUUCGAACUUCAAUCAGUAA